AUGUCGAAGCAAAGUAGCGAAACAAGCGAAUACGAAAUUGCGUAUCGCUCAACCAUUCAACCACGUACUGCUGUUCGGACACAAACUCGGCAAUCUGGCGGCUUUCAACCAAUCAGCGACGAUAGGCUUACUGUGCCUACUGUGCCAGAGUUUUACUGUAUGCUAUUGGAUUUUGGGAUGUGA